GGCGUCUUGGCCUGUUUUGUUUAUACGGCGAGAAGAGGUUUAGUAAUGGCGGCAAGUAGGCCGUGAUGAACGAGCGAAAAUAGUCCGAAUAGUACGCUGUCGGAGAAGGAAGGAUUUGCAGGAAAAGAAAACCCGAAGCUUUGCAGACUUUAACUUGUUCGUAACAGCCAGAUUGCUGAAACCAUGCAGAUCACGUUGAAAACGCUUCAGCAGCAGACCUUUAAGAUCGAGAUAGACGGGGAGGAGACGGUAAAAGCACUGAAAGAAAAAAUCGAAACAGAAAAAGGAAAAGAUUCCUUUCCUGUUGCAGGACUAAAAUUGAUAUAUGCAGGUAAAAUUCUUAAUGAUGAUACUGCUCUCAAGGAAUAUAAAAUUGAUGAAAAAAACUUUGUGGUGGUUAUGGUAACAAAGCCAAAACCUGCACAACCAGCUCAGAGUGCACCUGCCACCAGCAGUACCAGUGUUUCAACGCCUGCCCCAGCUGCAUCUGCUGACCCAGCACCUUCUGAGACAAAAUCUAGUAGCACUGCAAAAGAGGAAAAAAGUACUGAGAAAGCGGAGGAAACACCAGCUACCUCUACACCACCUUCAUCAGUCAGUACAUCAAGUCCUACAAAUGUAAACAUAUUUGAAGAGGCUACAUCUGCACUCGUGACAGGGCAGUCCUAUGAAAACAUGGUGACAGAGAUCAUGUCAAUGGGGUAUGAAAGAGAGCAAGUUGUUGCAGCACUAAGAGCGAGCUUUAACAAUCCUGACAGGGCAGUUGAAUAUCUGCUAACGGGUAUCCCAGUCGAAAGAGAGAGUCAUUCUGUAGCAGAUCCUAUUGCACAAUCAGGUAGCACUCCAAGUGGUGCAAGUACAGGGUCCUUGUCAUCCUCAUCCACGGGAUCAUCGCAGCCAGCUGCACCAGUAUCCUCUACAGGUGUGAAUCCUUUGGAGUUCUUAAGGAAUCAGCCUCAGUUCCAGCAAAUGCGGCAAAUCAUUCAACAAAAUCCAUCUCUGCUUCCAGCCUUAUUACAACAGAUAGGCAGAGAAAAUCCUCAGUUGUUGCAGCAAAUCAGCAGUCACCAAGAACAAUUUAUUCAAAUGCUAAAUGAGCCAGCUCAAGAAGCUGGAGGACAAGGUGCAGGAGUUUUAGAAGCUGGUGGUGGUGGUGGUGGUGGACAGAUGAACUACAUUCAAGUAACACCUCAGGAAAAAGAAGCAAUCGAGAGGCUUAAAGCAUUAGGAUUCCCAGAAGGACUUGUUAUUCAAGCUUACUUUGCCUGCGAGAAGAAUGAAAACUUAGCUGCAAACUUCCUUUUACAGCAGAACUUUGAUGAUGAUUAAAUGAAGAAAUAGUAUUUGAUCAACUUUUCUGAUUUAACGUAAUAUUGGAUAUACAUGCCUUUACUUUUCCUAGAUUUAAAAUAUAUCUUCGUGGUAACACUGGAUGAACAUUUAUGGCGGAGAGAGCGGUUUCUGAGCAGCUUUAUAAUUCAAGAGGUAAUCAGUUUUUCUGCUGCAGAAACUGAUAAUUAGUGUGCAACCUGUUAUUCACAUAGCUGACAUUAAAAUAUUCUCUUCAAAUGGAAAUUUUUUUGCUGAAAGAUCAAUCACUGAAUGCCUGGUUUGGGGGGUGGGGGGGUGGAAUGGAAGGGUUGAUAAUCUACGACACACACACACUCACACUCACACACACACACACACAGAGUCACAUUCUUGUUUACAGUUUCAUUUGAUUAGGGAUUCCAAUAUUGUUUGAUGUUUAAUGACAGUAAAGAUUUUAAAAGAAAA